GUGGUAUAGCUGAAUACCUUCCUAGGAGCCAUACCAAUUGACACUACCCAGAAGUUCUGAUACAGAAGGUUUUUCAUACCCGAAUAGACAGAAGGAUAUGAAGAUUAUGCUCACGUGUGCAGCUCUGCAUAGCUGUUUCCUUGGAGACAAUGGUGGUUCCUUAAAGAAUACAUGGAAAUACCUGGUUAACCAUCAGUUUUCUGCUCCUCUUAUCCAGAAGGUAUACUAACUGCUCUUUAACAGCUCUCCAUUGUAUUCCAACAUGUCUCUACCAGCUUAAACCAUUUCCUAAAAUGGUCCUUUUGCUGAUCCUUGCAAUCCUGUUAUUGAAGGAGGAUGUCAACGGGAACUUUGGACUUUUGGUUUCUGCACAGACCAAUGAAAGAAGGGUGGUUGCAUAUGUGCCUGGUGAUAUUAUUAUCGGAGCUCUGUUUUCAGUCCAUCAUCAGCCAACUGUUGACAAGGUCCAUGAGAGGAAAUGUGGAGAGGUAAGGGAGCAAUAUGGCAUACAGAGAGUGGAGGCAAUGCUUCAUACCCUUGACAGAAUUAAUUUGGACCCAACACUGUUGCCAAAUAUAACAUUAGGCUGUGAAAUAAGAGACUCAUGUUGGCAUUCUGCUGUGGCUUUGGAGCAAAGCAUUGAGUUUAUAAGGGACUCUCUUAUUUCGUCAGAAGAAGAGGAAGGGCUGGUACGCUGUGUUGAUGGAUCUUCAUCAUCUUUCCGCUCCAAAAAGCCGAUUGUUGGUGUCAUUGGACCUGGUUCUAGUUCAGUAGCUAUCCAAGUCCAGAACUUGUUGCAGCUUUUCAAUAUACCUCAGAUAGCUUAUUCUGCCACAAGCAUGGACUUAAGUGACAAAACUCUGUUCAAAUACUUCAUGAGAGUCGUUCCAUCUGAUGCACAACAAGCUCGGGCCAUGGUGGACAUAGUCAAACGGUAUAACUGGACCUAUGUUUCUGCUGUGCAUACUGAAGGUAACUACGGUGAAAGUGGAAUGGAAGCUUUUAAAGAUAUGUCGGCCAAGGAGGGGAUCUGCAUUGCACAUUCCUACAAGAUCUACAGUAACGCUGGUGAACAGAGUUUUGACAAACUGCUGGGAAAGCUAAGGAGCCAUCUGCCCAAGGCAAGAGUGGUUGCCUGCUUCUGUGAGGGCAUGACUGUGAGAGGGCUGCUUAUGGCCAUGAGGCGUCUGGGGCUUGCCGGAGAGUUUUUGCUGCUAGGCAGUGAUGGCUGGGCAGACAGGUACGAUGUGACAGACGGAUACCAGCGUGAAGCUGUUGGGGGAAUAACGAUCAAGCUUCAGUCUCCUGAUGUGAAAUGGUUUGAUGAUUAUUACCUGCAGCUUCGGCCAGAAACCAAUCACCGAAACCCAUGGUUUCAGGAAUUCUGGCAGCACAGGUUCCAGUGUCAAUUGGAGGGGUCUCCUCAACAGAACUAUAAAUACAACAAGACUUGCACCAGUGAGAUGACUCUUAAAACGCAACACGUUCAGGAUUCUAAAAUGGGAUUUGUAAUCAAUGCAAUAUAUUCCAUGGCCUAUGGUCUCCACAACAUGCAGACAGCAUUAUGUCCAGGCUAUGUGGGCCUCUGUGAUGCUAUGAAGCCAAUAGAUGGUCAAAAACUUCUAGACUCUCUCAUGAAGACGAAUUUCACCGGAGUUUCUGGGGACAUGAUCUUGUUUGAUGAGAAUGGAGACUCACCAGGAAGGUAUGAGAUCAUGAAUUUUAAGAAGAUGGGGAAGGAUUACUUUGACUAUAUCAAUGUUGGAAGCUGGGACAAUGGGGAACUGAAAAUGGACGAUGACGAAAUAUGGUCUGAGAAAAAUAUUAUCAUCAGAUCGGUCUGCAGUGAACCUUGUGAAAAAGGCCAGAUAAAGGUGAUCCGUAAAGGAGAAGUAAGUUGCUGUUGGACUUGUACCCCUUGUAAAGAGAACGAGUAUGUCUCUGAUGAAUACACCUGCAAUGCAUGCCAACUAGGCUCCUGGCCCAAUGAUGAACUUACAGGUUGUAUCCUCAUCCCAGUCCAGUAUCUCAGAUGGGGUGAUCCUGAACCAAUUGCAGCAGUUGUUUUUGCCUGUCUGGGUCUGCUGGCCACGCUGUUUGUUACAGCUGUAUUCAUCAUGUACCGUGAUACACCAGUGGUCAAGUCAUCCAGCCGAGAACUCUGCUACAUUAUUCUAGCUGGCAUAUGCCUGGGUUACUUGUGCACCUUCUGUCUCAUUGCAAAGCCUCAGCAGAUUUAUUGUUACCUUCAAAGGAUUGGCAUUGGUCUCUCCCCGGCUAUGAGUUAUUCUGCCCUAGUGACUAAAACCAAUCGCAUUGCAAGAAUCCUGGCUGGCAGCAAGAAGAAAAUCUGUACUAAGAAACCUAGGUUCAUGAGUGCCUGUGCCCAGCUGGUGAUUGCAUUUAUCUUAAUUUGUAUACAGCUAAGCAUAAUUGUUGCCCUUUUCAUAAUGGAACCUCCAGAUAUAAUGCACGAUUACCCAAGCAUCCGAGAGGUUUAUUUGAUUUGUAACACCACCAAUCUAGGUGUUGUAACUCCCCUUGGAUACAAUGGAUUGUUAAUUUUAAGUUGCACCUUUUACGCAUUUAAGACAAGAAAUGUCCCAGCUAAUUUCAAUGAAGCAAAAUAUAUUGCCUUUACAAUGUAUACCACCUGCAUCAUUUGGCUGGCUUUUGUGCCAAUAUAUUUUGGGAGCAACUACAAGAUAAUCACCAUGUGUUUCUCAGUCAGCUUGAGCGCCACCGUGGCCUUGGGCUGCAUGUUUGUGCCCAAGGUGUACAUCAUCCUUGCUAAGCCUGAAAGAAACGUACGCAGCGCAUUCACCACAUCCACCGUGGUUCGCAUGCACGUUGGUGAUGGAAAGUCAUCUUCUGCUGCAAGCCGCUCCAGUAGCCUAGUGAACCUGUGGAAAAGAAGGGGAUCAUCUGGUGAAACACUUAGGUACAAAGGCAGGAGACUGGCCCAGCACAAGUCGGAAAUAGAGUGUUUCACCCCAAAAGGGAGUAUGGGCAAUGGUGGGAGAGCUACAAUGAGCAGUGAAGAAUCUGUUCGCAUUCCAGAGUGUAAUCGAUCUGAGUCAAGUAGAGAUGGGAAAGAGAUUCCUGGUAAAGAUGAUGCCCUAAUAGUCAAAAAGACUGGAAACUUUAUCAAUGUAAUAGUCCCACAGAAAGACUGUCAGCUUCAAGACCUGCUCAAACACUCUAACGGGAAAUCAGUCUCGUGGGCCCAGAACGAGAAGAGCAGUAGAGGAGCACACCUUUGGCAAAGGCUAUCGAUCCACAUCAACAAAAAGGAGAAUCCCAACCAAACUGCAGUGAUCAAGCCCUUUUCUAAAAGCACAGAUAGUAGCCGACAUAGCAGCAGCACCACUAUUCCCGAGACCAGUGCCAAAAUGCUGUAUGACGUCUCAGAAGCAGAGGAGCAUUACCCAGCUCAGUACCGGCCACAAACCCCCUCACCUGUCAGUACGGUAAGCCACAGAACUGCCUCUGUUAGCCGAACAGAUGACGAUGUCCCUACUUCCCAGACGGAGAAUGCCCAGAGAAGCAGCUCCUCUCAAGGUUCCCUGAUGGAGCAGAUCAGCAGUGUGGUCACACGCUUCACAGCCAACAUCAGCGAGUUAAACUCUAUGAUGCUUUCCACCACCACACCAGGGGCCAUGGUGGCCACUCCUCUCUGUUCUUCAUACUUGAUUCCAAGGGAAAUCCAGCUUCCUACCACAAUGACCACAUUUGCAGAGAUCCAACCACUCCCUGCCAUUGAAGUCAAUGGUGCAUCCCAGUCAGCUAGGAAACCUUCAAAUGGCAGCAUCAAGGAAGGUACUUCAGAGGCCCCACCACCGGCAAAGCAAGAUCUUGAGGAAUUGGUAGCUUUAACUCCUCCUUCCCCUUUUAGAGAUUCCAUUGAUUCAGGGAGCGCAUCUCCCAGCUCUCCAGUGUCUGAAUCAGCUCUCUGUAUCCCUUCCUCCCCGAAGUAUGACACGCUUAUCAUCAGAGAUUACACUCAAAGUUCUUCUUCGCUGUGAAUGUAGUUCAAGACAACCCUGGAUCUCAACAGCUAUGAGCAGAUAGAAAGGGGACGUCCAAGCCUUCAAGAUCUCCCGUGCUUACACCGGUACAAUGACAGGCGUUGGGUCAUCUUGUGAAGAACAGAGUAGGAGAAACAGAAUAAUUUGAAAUGGAAACAUCAGACGUAUGAUUUUAAAGACAACAAUGUAUUUGUGGCAGAUAUUCGUGGCCUUAAAAAACAUGGGCUUUUAAGAAACACUGCAUCUAUUUUUGAGGGCUUAAAAGGAGUCUGUUAAAUCAGUUACAUACCAAGUGCUUUGCUUUAGUAUAACAACGAACCAUGUGUAAAAUAUAUGAAAAAGGUAGAUUGUAAGCAACUGUACAAUGUUUUGUUUGUUUACUCCGAUUCCAUACCCAGAAGUGAACCUUGAUCUUUUAUCAAGAACAGAAGACCAAACAUUGAAUGUACAUUUUCUAACAGACUCAAAAUCUGGGACCAAAAUGCCAGGCUUUCUUUUCUUUUUCUAUGAAGAUCUCAAGAGGCAGUAAUGUAUGUUCUGUAACUACCAAACUUUUUGCUGAAGCAUAUUGUGUACCCGAUACACUACGCGUGGAUAAUAAUAAGCGGAGGCUUUGCAGCGAGUGACUGCAAUACAGAGGGCUUAACAAGUGACUUCUCAAGAGUACAAAUUUGUUUAUGUGAAAUUAUCUUCUCUAAGUAUCAAAAAUUCAGUUUGUUAGCAUUGGAUUCACCUUCACAGCAACAAAACCUGAGGAAGAUUUCCUGACUAUUUCACCAUGUUGCCAACUAAUAAUGAAGUAGCAAAAAAAUAUUUUCUGGAGUACUGUUUUGUAAUUCCCUUAUCAGGGCAAGUUGUUGAGGUGAAUACUCUCUUUCUAGCAGCAUUACUGAGCUAUGGCAUAACUGCAUUCCCUAAUGAAAUUCACACAUUUUUAUGGGCAUUCAUACAGCAACAUUGCCAGUUAAAAUAUUUAUUUGGGCUCCCAUGAUCUUUGCUUGUAAGGAACAGGUAAAACACUCUAAGGUUUUCCUUUGCUUCUUUAAAAACUAGAAUAUUAAGAAAGGGGUCUGGACUAUGAUGAGUGAUUCCUAUUUCUGAAAGGGAGUGUCAUGAUCAUAAUUCAUUUACAGAACAAAACCAAACCUAUCUGGAUGUCUGCUUAGAGGUAGUUUAGCUAAUCUUUAACAAGCAAUGAUUUUAACUUUAUUUAGCUGCCAAUGGAGUGCAGCUAUAAACUGUGACAAAAGAAGACUUUCAAAGCAAUACACAGUAAACAUAAACACAAAGGAGAUGUAAUGAGAUACAACCAACAGAUCUUUCUUUGUUUCUUAGCAGCUCCUAGAAGAAGCAAGAGAAUAAUUGAUUUUUUCCCUAUAUUAAAGUAGUACACUUUAGUGCAAUUCAUGCUGCCAUGGCACUUUUUAAUACAUGCAGGGAAGGAAUUUAAAGUUUGAAUAGAAGUAAAAGAAUUUUGAUAGGUAUAGAUAUAUAAACUGUGAGAGUCAAUCCCUAAAUACGCACUGUAUUUACUCCCCCCGUUCAUGAUGCAGGUAUCCUCAGGUGCCAAACUUUUACAUUUAUUUAUUUUUUAAAUAAGGAUACUAUGAAGAGGUGUAUGAUUUACUGUAAUUCAGUUUAGUUGAUACAGCCUUAUGCGGAAGAUAGCCUUAAGGAAGGGAGCCUUUGAAACACGGCAGGUCCAUAUUCAUUUUUUGUAACCCCUGAAUGUUAUUUUUGUCCAGCUCUAUAAAUAUUUUGCAAUCAAAAUUGACAGUUGUUUCCAUUUCCAGCAGAACAAAUAUGGGCUUGAAAAAAGCAUUUUUUUUUUCAUUUCAGCAGGAACAUUUUUAUUCUGUUUUGAAGCUGGCUCGUGAUUUUAUAUUAUGCAUCCCAAUUUUUUAUUCAAUUACAUUUCAAACAAAAUCUAUUUUAUUUAAAAAUUAUAAGGCUAAUUAAAUACUACCUUUCAAGGGAGGUGGUGCUCUCCCCUACCUUGGGGGUCUUCAAGAGGAGGCUAGAUAUGAGCCUAGAUGGGGUCGUCUGACCCCAGUGCUUUUUCCUGCCCAGGGCAGGGGGUCGGACUCGAUGACCUACUGAGGUCCCUUCCUACCCUAACUCUAUGGAUCUAUGAAUUUGAGUACCACCUUAAAAUAACACCCCUUGUUAGCCUGGGACAUUCUGUGCAAGACACAGUUGUGCAAUAGUAACUCCAUCUU